UCGAUGGGCACGUCGACCUCCCCAACAUGGCCGCGACGUAGGCACGCCUGUUAGCCGGGCUACUACAGCGCUGGCGUAUCUUGUACCAUUAUAUCUACGGGCGGAAGUGCUCAACCGCAAACAGCAGCUUGGUGGUGAUGUUCCCGAGCAGUUGUUGGACGGCUAUGGACUCGGUUCGCAGCGAUGAAACUCAUCAUGGCGAGGCCGAGGUCAGUAAGUCGGCGGCGGCGGCGGCGGUGACUGGGGAAGGAGAUGCAGGUGGUGCAACGAACCUAGCGAACGUCAAGAAGAAAACGAAGACAACGGCGAACAGGAGGAGGCGGAAGAAGAAGAAGCCACCGCUGCCGCUGCUGCACCAUCACCAUCACCAGCAGAACCCCCUGAGAUGUUCCCGCUUAUCCGACCAGCAUCACAGCCCCGGCCUGCCCGCUUCGUCGGCACAUCAACCCGCUUCGGAGCAGCCCGGUCGGACACCGGGCGUCGUCGUGACCCGCCAUCUUUUGAAACAGGAAAGCAAGAAGGAGCUGCUGAGGUCUAAAUGUGGCCGCCUGGCACGAGGACCCGCGCAGCCAGCGUGUCCGGCCGCCCGUAUGCUCCUGAAACACGAGCAUCUCAACAGCACUGUACACGCCCGCCAACACAACCAGAACGCGGGCCAGGUCCAGGUCCAGACCCCGCACAGGAAGAACAGCAACAAUGGCGCCAACAAACCUUGUUUAGAACACAACAACGCCAAGAACACGGCCGAGCGCCUCAAGGGAUGGGUGGCCGAGCGCCUUGAAGAAGGCGAGAAAGUCUAUGCCGGCGCCAAGUUCAGCGAGCCGCCCUUGCCCAGCGUCCUGCCCAAACCACCAAGCCACUGGGUCCGGAAGAACCAAAGUCCAAAACGCAAAAGCCGAGAAUUAAUAAGCGUCCACUUGAAGUCACUUCUGAAGGUUCAGGAUCACGUGUGACCUCAAAGCCAGCUCACUUGAGCAAAAACUUUGUUGUAACGGUACAGCCAGCCAUUGCGGCUUCUCACUAUCCUGGUAGAAGUCUGCGAAUGCAACCAGGAUGGUGUUUUCAUAGGAAAACCACUUCCAAACUACGCUUAUUUAUCUGGGCAUCCAUUUUCUUGGUCGCCAAUCCAUGUCAGGGCACAUGAAUACAAACAAUACAAUGUUGGACAAGAGGCAAAUUCAUUACAUUUAGCUGCCUCUUCUGUUCAGACAGCCGGUGCAGCUUUACGCCUUCAGAUGACAUGACGUCAGAACCAACGUCUGUGACAAUGACAAUAGCUUUCAAUUCAAAGGGUUCCUGACUUCAUGCUAUGCCAUGACACACAUUGAUACAAUGUUGGAAAACGGCUAAUUCGUGGGUCUGUAUUUCUUUGCCUGUUCUGUCCAGAGAGCCGUUGCUGCUUUAUGCCUUCAGAUGAUUACAUGACGUCAAAACCAUCGUCUGUGACAGUGACAGUAGCUUUCAACUCAGAGGUCAUGACUUCCCACUCUCCGUGACACGCACUGACUUAAUUCGUGGGUCGACUACAGCUCACGACAUAACGGUAGGGUUGGCAUUUUGCUGCCUGUCCCUUUCAGACUGCUGUUGCGGCUUCACGCCCUUAGAUAAUUUCUUCAAGCCAGAGUCUAGGACCGAGGCGAUGACUUUCAACUAUGACUGUAACGAUACGCCAAAGUUAGGAUUCUUGCGAUUAUUAUUAUAAAUAAAUAGAAUAUUUUUAUGAAUAUAUUCAUAUGAUAACUAUCUUGUUAUAUGUAGACAUUUUAUAUUUCUAAUAUAUUUAUAGAAUAUAUAUAUAUAUAUAUAUAUAUAUAUAUAUCCAUCCAUUUUCUGAGCCGCUUAUCCUCACAAGGGUCGCGGGAGUGCUGGAGCCUAUCCCAGCUAUCAUUGGGCAGGAGGCGAGGUACACCCUGAACCGGUUGGCAGCCAAUCGCAGGGCACACAUAAACAAACAACAAUUCUCACUCACAUUCACACCUAUGGGCAAUUUAGUGUCUUCAAUUAACCUACCAUGCAUGUGUGUGGGAUGUGGGAGGAAACCGGAGUGCCCGGAGAAAACCCACGCAGGCACGGGGAGAACAUGCAAACUCCACACAGGCGGGGCCGAGGAUUGAACCCCGGUCCUCGGAACUGUGAGGCAGACGCUCUAACCAGUCGGUCACCGUGCCUAUAUAUAUAUAUAUAAUUUUGUGUUUUCUUCCGCGCUCCACUGAAAUUAACUUGAGGUUGGUGUCUUCGAACAACUAGCAGAACUAGCAUUAACGGUAGCCAUAGUUUUGCUCAAUCAGGACAGAUGACCGUCACUGGAAAAGUAGUCACAUGACAUGCAGUUGGAGGAGUCUGUGCUGAAGAAAUGUAUCUUCAAUCUCAGUUUAAGUUUGUUUUUGUUUUCAAAUCAGUUUAAAAUGCUAAUAUUAAUUAAGUUUGGCUAGCGACCUGUUCAGGGUGUACCCUGCCUCUCGCCCGAAGAUAGCUGGGAUAGGCUCCAGCAGCCCAUGACCCUAGUGAGGAUAAGCGGUAAAGAAAAUGGAUGGAUGGAAGUUUGGUGGCCAACACAUACUCGUGUCUUAGAGUAUUGUGAUUUUCAGUUGCGAUAACGUAUCGUUACAGGUUACUUUCUGACACGACAGAAAACUGCAAAUUCGCUGGUCGACUUUACCAGCAUUCUGUUGAUGUACCUUUUAAGAUCGCUGUUGCAAUUUCACGUCUUCAGAUAAAUAGAUAAACGUCAGCACCAGCAUCUGUGACAGCGACAGCCACCUUGAUUGAUUUUGGCUAGGACGCCACAGGGUGGAGUUUCCUGUGCAUUUUGUGGCCAUUUCCGGUAGCCGUUUUUACUUUCCUUUCCAUAAGAAGGAACAAAGCAAGAACAAUGGCGACCGUGGAACAGAGUCUGCUAGACCAAAUGGACCUAGAUGACCAGAUGAUACGUUGAAUUAUGCUGCAAAAUCGGCCGCGUAGGUGCUAUGUGGAACCAGGGGGAACGCUGAUUGCAUUAUCACAGCAUGUAACUAAAACGGACCAAUCACGAGAGAUGAUCUCGGCGGCAUUCUACGCGCAGCAAACAUUUUUGCCGUGUGUGCGUCACGCUACGCAGAGGGGCCGCACGGGGCAAUUCGCCGGUCACGUGAUGCAAUGUGGGCAUUCUCGGCCGCGCGACCGUGGGAGUAUACAGAGGCCUUAAGGCUUCUUUUCUCUUUUGAAAAUGAACCGCAGUUCACCUCCAAGUCGCGCAACAUCUGGUAUUGGCUAGGACACCACAGGGUGGAGUUGCAUUUUUGGGGCCAUUUCCGGUAGCCGUUUUUCCUUUCCUUUUUGUGGCAAGGAACAAAGUAACAGCAAUGGUGACCGUGGAACAGUGCCUGCUAGAACAAAUGGACCUAGAUGACCAGAUGAUCCGUUUAAUUAUGCUGCAAAAUCGAUCGAGAAGACGACGGCGUAGAUGGUAUGUAGAACCAAGGGGCACACUGAGUACAUCAUCACAGCAUGUGACUAAAACGGACCAAUCACGAGAGAUUAUCUCCGGCGUUCUACGUGCAGCAACAAUUUUUGCUGGGUGCGCGUCAAGCUACGCAGAGGGGCCGCACGAGCCGAUUCGUCGCCGCGGGAGUAUUAUGAGGCCUUUAAAGACGCCUUUAGGUGGUCAGCGUGAAAGGGGCUUCAGUGUUUGGACAGACAUAAGUAAGGAAGCAGGAAGUGAUCUGACUCAUUUGCACUUUUCCCCGUGUGUCGAUGCACUUUUUUUUCUACAGGUAAAAAGUACAUAAAUAUUUGUGUAUUCUCUUUUGAAAGAUUCUAAUUUUGUUGCCAAGUGCCCACCACCUCCCUCCCCCCCCCAAAAAAAAGGGGGGGCGGAUAAAAUCAUCCCUUGGUGUUGCUACUAGUUAGCACUUUGGUGAAAGAUGAGCGUUAACGCUGAGAGGAAACAAGGGUUGCUGACAAGCCUCAGUAGUAGUAGUUAGAGGACAAUGGUGUGACAGUCAAAGAGACAAAUCGGCGAAGUUUGAGGCACUUUUUAUUGGAGAAAAAGAUACAACGCACUUUUUCUCCUCAUGGAGGCACACAGUUUUAUCAUCAACAUUUCAAUAGCUGGUUUUUAAGUUAAAUAGUGUGACUUUUUGGGACCUCUUUUAAGAUGUCGUAUCAGAUAUCAAGAGAGCCACUUCAGGGAAGAUCAUGUCCUCAGUGUGUUCUUCUCAUGGCUGCUAAUACACACACAUACACACUUACACAAAAAUGCCAAAAAAAGAAGUCCUGCAAUGGGGACUCUUGUCUUCUAAGCCAUUUGACUCCACACAGGACAACAGCUGCAUUCUUUCAAAAAAAUUCUAGAAAAAAAAUGUCUUUUGUAACUUAAUUGUGACAAUAAAGUAUUAGCUACUGUUA